AAGUUCAAAUAAAAAGUUCAUCCGCCAGAUUUAUGUGUCGCAAAGCUAGACCUUUUGAAUAAUGUGAGUUUUGUCGCCUCUUUAUGUACACAAAUAUCCUCUGAUUUCUACAUUUUGAGUCACUUCAGUAAAAGUAUCCACCACAAAGCUUUCGUCAUCAGCUAGACUAGCUACCACUACGCUGCAGGACUCCCAAAGUGGCCGUAAAUGUAGAUCAAAAGUAAAUAGCGUUUCAACCACAAGCAUGCUCCCAAACAAAACGCGCCCUAUCGGACCAUGGAAGUUUCCUCGAUGAAAGCACAAACCGCGAUGGUUGCGUGGUUUCUAGCUUUUCCGAAGUUAUCGUGCGCAUGGUACCCUCCACGCAAACACAUGGAAAAGUGGCACAUCAAGUGACCGGUCAGCGUGUUUGACCCGCCGUUGAUGGCUGAAAACAAGGCGGGAGGAUGGGUGGUAUUUUCUAUUCAGGACAUUCUAGGUGCUGGCUGGGCAGCAUAAAUGUACUGGAAAACCCUCUGAUAUGUAUAUAAUGGAAAGGUGGUGUAUUCAAAUGACCGCACGCCAGCCAACAUUGAUUCAGUCCGCUCCGGGCAGCUGAAAGGAUUUGUCGAAAAGUGGUCCCCGAGAAGAAAAGUGAUUUCUGUGGAAGAAAAGAUUUGUGAAAUAUCAGUGAAAGUGAUUGCUAGCUGAGGAUAGUUCUGUUCAGAAUCAAGUGCUGAAUCCAGCUGAAAAAUGAAAUCAAAAUUUUUGGAUAACAUCAGAGCCAGGAUGGGCUCUUGCGGAACAACGACGAUCAAAUAUUUGUUGUUUGUCUUCAAUCUUAUAUUUGCGGUAUCGGGGCUGGUGCUUCUAAUUGCCGGUAUAAUAGUGCUGCUCGAUGUGAAUGACUACCAACAUUUCGUCGAGGACAAAUUGAUGGCGCCACCCGUCGUAUUGAUCGUGGUUGGAACCUUUGUCUUCCUGGUGGCCUCUCUCGGGUGCUACGGUGCCAUAAAAGAGUCACCUAAGCUGCUGAAUGCUUUUGCCGUUUUCCUUCUGAUUGUGCUGCUCAUAGAAGUUGCCGUCGCCAUCGCAGCAGUGGCUUUCAAAUCCGACCUGCAAAAUGCCCUGCAGUCUCAGCUGGAGAAAUCUAUUUCCAGGCGCAACAAAGCAGACAUGGUAGCGUGGAAUAGUGUCCACAAGAAGAUGAUGUGCUGCGGAAUCGACGGACCCAAGGACUGGUACGACAAUAAUAACAGAACCAUGCCGGCUAGUUGUUGCAAGCCUGAUUUAAUUGACCCCGAUACGAACGACUGCAAGAAUGCUCCACCGCUCUUCAUGGAUCGUUACUAUCAGGAAGGGUGCUUGAUGAAGUUAAAAGAGCAUUUCGAUAAGAAUGCAGUAGUGCUGAUUGCAGUGGGCUUCGUUAUUGCGGCCUUCCAGCUGUUGGGCGUCAUCUUUGCAUGUUGGCUAUCAGCAGCCAUCAAACGAGACAAAAACUGAAAUUGAAGUUAGAUUUUUAAUGAUUUAAUUUGUAUCAAAUCUGAUUAGAUUGUUAAUUUUUAGAGCGAAAGUCAUUAACCUUAUUUAAAGUUAUAAGCGAUGCUACCGUUCUAAUUUACAUAACUGUCCAAUAUAUAAAUCCAUCAAAGUGAGGCAGGUGUGAAACAAAAUAUCAUUUACAAACAGGCGCCCAAAUAAAUUUAGCAAAAUAACUUAUAUUAUUAAACAAUUCUUUCACUUGAUAUAAAAAGCUAAAUAUUGAAAGCUUGUAUGGCAUAGAAUGAUAUAUAAAGUUACCACGACAAUUUUAUUAGGGUAGAAACAGCGACAGUGAUUCUUAUUAGAAGCUGAUUAUUUACAAACGAAAUAAAUGAAUUACUUGUUAAUUAUAAUUCUGCCUCAUUAUAGUGCACAAAUCAAAUAUCGAUGAACUCUUAAAUUUUCAUUUAUCCUGCAUUCAGUCAUAAUAAAUCUGUAUAUUUGAAUAAACAAACACAUAAAAGUGUUGUUCCUAUAACAAAUAAAAAAAAUCUCAUAAAGUAAACUGAUAGUUUU